CACCGAUGAGCCACCGACACCGAUCCAACCGAUAGCAAGUGCAUUCGCCGUCGAUCGGCCGGCGGGUGCUCGUAGGCAGCGCGCGUUUGGAACGCUACCCGAUGGCAGACGCUACUGGAAGCGCCUUAUAGUAGUCAAGCGGUCGGUGUCAUUCCGCGCACCAUUAACUAGAAAUGGAUUUCCAUAAAGCUCCACCACCCCGGCCCCCAAGUCUGGCGACCGCCCUCUCCAAGGCGAACGACGUGUAUGAUUAUAUAUUCAUCGACAGCGGUAGUCCCGAUUCGUACCUGAGUGCCGACGUCGCCAGCAUCGGUAAUGAGACGUUCUUCAACGAGUCGGCAAAUGCGUUCGCCAACACCACCGACCUCGGGCUGGUUCCGACCAACCUCAACGGUACCGCCGACGAACCGCUGGCCGACGUGAUCAAGAUGGCGAUCACCUCGCUCGUUCUCGGACUGAUGAUUUUAGUCACCGUGAUAGGAAACGUUUUUGUAAUAGCCGCCAUCAUUUUAGAGCGUAAUUUACAAAAUGUAGCUAAUUAUCUGGUCGCAUCGUUGGCCGUCGCCGAUCUGUUCGUGGCGUGUCUGGUGAUGCCGCUCGGCGCCGUGUACGAGAUAAGUCGCGGUUGGAUACUUGGUCCAGAGUUGUGUGAUAUUUGGACGUCGUGCGAUGUGCUUUGUUGCACUGCAUCCAUCCUUCAUCUAGUAGCCAUAGCAACCGAUAGGUACUGGGCUGUGACUAACAUCGACUACAUACACUCCCGCACUAGCCGACGUGUCUUUACGAUGAUCUUUCUCGUUUGGUUCGCGUCCGUCAUCGUGUCUCUGGCGCCCCAGUUUGGCUGGAAGGAUCCAGAGUACCUACAACGAAUAGAACAGCAAAAGUGCAUGGUUUCGCAAAACAUUGCGUACCAGGUGUUUGCUACGUGCUGUACGUUUUACGUUCCUCUCUUUGUUAUCCUAGUGCUGUAUUGGAAAAUUUAUCAAACUGCCCGGCGGCGGAUACAUCGACGAGGGCCCAAAAUACCCGCUACGCCCAACAGUAGCAAUCAGGAGGAAACACCAAAGCCCAAGUCGAAGAUACGAUUUCACCUGAAGAAAAAGUUCACCAAUCCCACCAAAUCGGCCGUGUCGUCGCUCGGGCUGGUAGAGGGCAACUCGACCAACACGGUCAACACCGUGGAGGACACGGAGGACAGCACGAAUGCGGCAGAUCGGAAAGGGCUCGAAACGACGUUCAGCGGCGAUGAGGGCAACAACACACCGGUGGGCAACAAUCAAAUACCGACAGUGUCGUACGAGGUCACGCACCAGCAGUUAGCGCAAGCGGCCACCGGUUCGGAAUCGAACAAUAACAACCCUCGAACGAACGAUCCGCCCGCCGGCAAAACUCCAAGCCCCAGUGGAAACGGUGGCACCCUGCCCGUGUCCAUCUGUCCGAUCCAACCGAACCAGCUGGCCACCUCACCGCUGCUGCCAUCCCACCAUCAUCUGCCCCAAUCGCCCCGGGCCGCUCAGGACCCAGCACAGCACCACCAGCUCCAUCAACAGCAUCAUCAUCAUCACAAUCAACAGUCAGCCGUGGCGAAACAACCGCCCACCGUGGGUGGAAAUCUGCUGACGACACCGGUCGGUGGAGGCGGUGGUUCCACGCUCAACAUCUCCAGCACCCCGAACCCGCACGCCCAAGUGUCCAAGCGGAAGGAAACGCUCGAGGCAAAGCGGGAACGCAAGGCGGCCAAAACGCUGGCCAUCAUCACGGGUGCGUUCGUGGUGUGCUGGUUGCCGUUCUUUCUGACCGCGCUGCUGCUGCCGCUGUGCGAGAGCUGCACGAUCAACGAUACGGUUUCGUCGCUGUUCCUCUGGCUCGGCUACUUUAACUCCACGCUCAAUCCCGUCAUCUACACCAUCUUCAGUCCCGAGUUCCGGCAGGCCUUCAAGCGGAUCCUGUUCGGUAGCCAUCGGUCCACCAACUACAGGCGUGGAAAACUCUAA